AAGCACUUGUACCCUCGCUCCUAAAAUUCACCCCUAAAUUUUGCGGGACCCUCUCUCUGUCUCGUGGAGUACAUCCACGACGGCAGCUUUGAAGCAAAAACAGAAAAAGAAAAGGAAAGAAAAAAUACCAAAAAAGAAGAAGCCAGCAUUGACUCGUACUUUCUCUCUCUACCUACGAACUCUCCUCUCUCACUUCUCUCUCUCCUCGACACCGUACGAUUGACGAAUGCCGGUCACUGAUUCAGAAGUAGUUGAUUCAGACACUGAAGCAAGCUGUUAAGGAGUACAAAUGAAUCUUUACUGUUGAGUUUGAAUAAUGGCGGGAAAUGCAAAGUUAACUUCAAGUAGUCCCGAAGUGGGGUUUGCGGCCAACUAUCCUAAUGAACCAAGAGGGAAUUACUCUGUUCCGAGCUUAGGUAGGUCUGGAAGCUUUCGAGAGGGUAAUGAAAGUCGUUUGUUCAGUUCUGGGGCCGAUAUGUCUCGAGUGAGCGGAACAAUGAAUGGGAAAUUGCCUCCGUUGUCACAAUGCCUGAUGCUAGAGACUAUUACAAUGAGUGAUCAUAAGUAUACAAGAUCAGGCGAGUUAAGGAGGAUACUGGGCAUUUCUGUUGGGAGUGCAUCGGAAGAAAAUUGUUUUGGAGCUCCUCUAUCUAGGCCUUCACGUUUGAUGGCCAUGGAGGAACUAAAGCGUUACAAAGAAAGUAUCAUAGACUCUAAUAGCAAGGCCAGGGGUAGAGUAAAAAAGUUGGACGAGCAUUUGCAUCGAUUGAACAAGUAUUUUGAUGCUGUGAACUCUAAGAAGCAACAAAGGAAUGAGCUAUCAAUAAACGAACGGUCAGGUGGAUUGAAUGUGAAGAUGGGUACCCAGAUCCAUCUAAAUCCUCCAGAUCUCAUGACUCAAAGAUUUGAGGAUCGGGAUAAGAACACUGUUCCGAAUAGACGUGUGCGCACAUCAAUGGCAGAAACGCGGGCGGAAUUUCGAAGUAAUGGCCUAGCAAGGCAGCCUUUGGUCAUGGCAAAAGAUUGUGAUAUGCUUACGGAUGGUAGUCCUGGUUCUGAUCUGGUUGAAGACAAGAUCCGCAGACUAUCUGCUGGAGGGGAAGGAUGGGACAAAAAGAUGAAAAGAAAACGUUCAGUAGGCACGGGUUUCACAAGACCUGCAGAUAUUGAUGGAGAUCUGAAACGACCUCUGCAUCCUAAGAUUAGCAGUGAAUCUGGCUUGCAACCUAGUGAUACCAAUGGUUUCAGAUCAGGGUCUACUAAUGGCACUUACAAGUUAGAUAGCAGUUCUUCACCUGCUAGUUGUCUCACCCGUGCAACAUCCAAGCAUGAACAUGAAAAGGCGAGUCUUACGAAGGAUCUCGCAGCUGGAUUAAAUAAGGAGAAACUACUUGCAAAGGGAAACAAUAAAUUAAUGAUACGUGAGGACAAUCACAUUGUCAGUCCUAGUCCAGUGACAAAAGGAAAGGCUUCCAGAGCUUCACGAAGUGGUCCUGUGACAGCUGCAAACUCGUCUCCUAAUAUUCCGCAUGUAGCUGAGGGCUGGGAAAUGUUGCCAACUGUAAGCAAAGUUCCCUCCAUUGGUGGGGGAAACAGUCGGAAACGUGCUAUGGCCUCAGGAUCAUCUUCUUCUCCACCCAUGGCUCAGUGGGUUGGUCAGAGGCCACAAAAAAUCUCUCGAACCCGGAGAGCUAAUCUGGUAUCUCCAGUCUCAAACCUUGAGGAAAUGCAGAUAUCACUCGAAGCAUCUUCUCCAUCUGAUUUUGCUGCAAGAAUAAAUUCUAGGGGAAUGAAUGGUUCCCUUCUUCUAAGGGGCAUAUCUAAUUCCACGCAGCAGCUUAAAUCGAAACGCAAAAGUGUUUCAACCCCUGAUGCUAGUUUUUCUGAAAAUGAAGAAGCUGGAAACAAAUUGAAGGAGAGAGUCACUGGCAUUGUCGAGGUUGAGGAGAAAGCUGUCAAUGCUGUUCUCAAUGCCGGGCCAUCUGUGUUUCUUACAAAGAACGAAAAACCACACAUCAAGGAAGAAAGUAGUGAUGGUGUGCAGAGACAAGGGCGCAGUGGAAGGGGCUCUCCCUUUGCUGGUAUUUCACCAAUGAGGGAGAAGUUGGAGAAUAAUAAAGUUGCAACUAAGCCACUUCGAAGUACCAGGCCUGGUUCUGAUAAGAGUGGAAGGUGCUCCAUUUCCUCCACCCACCUUAAGGCAGGCCGUCCCCUAAAGAAGGGGUUGGAUCGCAAAGGCUUUUCUCAUCGUGGGCAUAUGCAAAAUAGUGGUUCUCCAGAUGUCACUGGGGAAUCGGAUGAUGAUCAUGAAGAACUCUUGGAAGCUGCGAAUUUAGCUCGGCGUGCUAGUUAUAAUGCCUGUUCUAGUUUGUUCUGGAGAAAAAUGGAACCAAUUUUCUCCUCUGUCAGCUCAAGCGACACAUCCUACUUUUCACAACAGGUAAAAUUUGCAGAGGAACUUCAUGAAAACCUUUCUCAGAUAAACUGCUGCAGUGCUAAUGUUUUGGGUGAUCUGCAUCAAGAUAUUCCUGCAUCUAAAAAAGUUGUUGCUGGAGAAAUAGGUAGAAGCCUGCAAAAUCACAUUGAGUCUAAGGAUUCAGCUAGCAUGGUGAAGUUUGCUGAUCAAUCGCCCGGUUUUGAUGUUGUAUGUGAAAAUUUAGAAUCAGAAAGAAGAUUAAGAAAAGUUACCCCGUUGUACCAAAGAGUAUUAUCAGCUUUGAUUGUUGAUGAUGAAAUUGAAGAAUUAGAAGAAAACGGCAUGGCAAGAAAUGAGUCACUUCAAUGUUGUACAAAUGUUGCACAGUACAAUGCUGAACCUACAGAGAGGGAUGCAGUGCAAUUUGAACACGAGUCACCAGUUGGUACUCAAACUUGGAAACAAUGUGCUGGAAACAGAUUUUUUUCAUGUAAUGGGAGCACUACGUCUGGUAGAAGCCCUGUCAUCCAGAAUCCUCCAGAGCAUAAUAACGGACUAUUGGAAGGAAAAAAUGGAUAUUUGUAUUCCAAUUUUGGGGUGUUUGAUGGCCUUUCUGGUAAUGAUCUGGAUGGGUCACAAAUUGUACGAACAAACAGUUUCAACAUACCUUCCUCGGAUAGCCAAUAUGAGAAGAUGUGUAUGGAAGACAAACUCAUGCUGGAGCUGCAGAGUGUUGGCAUAUAUGUGGACACAGUGCCUGAUUUAGAUGAUGGAGAGGAUGAUGUGCUUAAUCAAGAUAUUGUUCAGUUGAAGGCUGGACUGCACCAACAGAUUGGGAGAAAGAAAGAAUGCUUAGAUGGUUUAUAUAAAGCAAUCCAGCCGGGGAAGGAAGCAGAAGAACGGGAACUUGAGCAGGUCGCAAUGGAUAAACUCGUGGAGUUGGCUUAUAAAAAGCUUUUGGCCACUCGUGGAAGUAUUGCGUCUAAAUACAGACUUUCUAAGGUGUCAAAGCAGGUUGCUUUGGCUUUUGCGAAGAGGACUCUUGCUAGAUGCCGAAUGUUUGAAGUUUCAGGAACAAGUUGCUUCAAUGAACCUGCUCUUAGGGAUGCACUUUUUGCUGCACCUCCUUGCGGCAAUGACGCAGAACCUUCAACAUGCGAAGCUUUGGGAACUGGAUCCUUCCACAACAAUUCAUUAGACCCGUUUGAAAGUCUUACCCUUCAAUCUGAUCAUGCUUUUGCCAAAAACGGACCAAUAUCAAACAGAGGGAAGAAGAAGGAAGUAUUGCUUGAUCAUGUUAGUGGCACUGCCCCCUCGAGACCCAUGUCAGCUCUAGGUAGUGCUGUUUUGGGUGGAGCGAAGGGAAAGAGAAGUGAGAGAGAUAGGGACAAAGAUCUCUUGAGCAGAAAUACUGUUGCCAAAGCUGGCCGCCCGUCAUCGAGUAAUUGUAAGGGAGAACGGAAGUCGAAAGCAAAGCCCAAACAGAAGACAGCUCAGCUAUCAACAUCAGGAAAUGGAUUUGUUAGCAAGUAUAAUGAAACUACUCAUCCUGUGUACCCCUCAGCUGCUGGUUCUGGAGAUUUGGUCACUAAUGGUAGCGUAAACAAAAGAGAGCUCGGGUUUAUGUCCCCUGGUACCAUUCCUCAGGAUUUGCCAAAGGAGACCAAAACAAUGGAUUUCACGAAUUUACAGCUGCCUGAUAUGGACUCAAUAGAUGAUCUAGAUGUUGGCACUGACCUUGAAGGGGGCCAAGAUCUUUGUUCUUGGUUGAAUUUCGAUGAAGAUGGUUUACAAGACCAUGACUCCGAAGGCCUUGCAAUCCCAAUGGAUGAUCUUACAGAGUUGGGGAAUAUGUUUUGAUGUCAGUACAGUACACAUUCUUUUGGGUUAUUUAACUAUUGAGAUGAGAACCAUUGUGUCGUCAGGGGGUGUUCACAUUCUUUAUCAUUGGCCUCAGCCAAAGUGGCUCAUGUAAUUAUGGCCAUUAUUUUUUGUAUACUUCUUACAGUAGUCAUCUAGAAGUUCAUUGUCAAAGUGAUCCAGACAAUUCCUAAUUGUAAUGCUUAUUAAGAUCUCUUUUUUAGAUUA